GUUUGGCACAGCCUACUGCGCACAGCUCCUGGAGGGUUGGACUCCUGUUGCUGCUGCUGCUGCCUGUUUGUCCAAACGAAGGACGAGCAGAGCGCGUUUUGGCCGCAGUCGCUCCCUCGUUGCGCGCAGGACAUGGAUCAGGACGCGGCGCGCGUCGCUGCCGUCUUCCGCGGACACGCCGCACUCUGCGGCGCAUAGAAAAGGCGCCCAAAUGAGUCGCCGCCCUCCCGGAUCCUCCGGCGUGCAAUGGCUUAACAGGAGAGACAUGAGUGUCCGCGCCGAGGACAGCAUCCCCUUGUGCCAGAGGGCGCUCCAGAUCGUUACGGAACUUUGUCUCACGGGACACGUAGACCGGGAGAAAUGCUCGGACAUAUUCCCGCUGGAGAGCAACAUACCAGGUAAAGGAUAUGCAGACAUCUCUAUUAGUCUCCUUGCUGUGGUCGUAGGUUUCUGUGGCCUCGCCUUGUUGGUAGUCUCUCUCUUUGUCUUUUGGAAGCUGUGCUGGCCCAUUUGGAGGAGCAAGGCUCUGUCGGCACACGCGGAGAAUGCCGGCCUUCACGUGGGUUUCCCCGAGGCGCCUCCGCCCAGCUCCCCGCCUAUCUCCAAGUGUAAAGUGGCGGAGGUGGAGAAGAAGUAUCCGCCAGAGGUGACGGCCAACGGGCGCAGCUCUGUCAAGCUUCUGGAGGCGGCCAUGAAGAUCAGCCAGACAUCUCCAGACAUUCCCGCUGAAGUGCAGACAGCCCUGAAGGAGAAGCUCAGCCAGCAAGCCAAAAUCCAGAGGCAGACCACAGAGCCGACCUCUUCCUCCAGGCACAAUUCUUUCCGGCGCCACCUGCCUCGUCAGAUGAAUGUCACCAGCUUCGACUUCAGCAUGGAGACGGUGCCUCUGCGCCAGAGCUCUACAGUGAGCAUCGGAAGAAUAAAACCUGAACUCUACAAACAGAAGUCUGUGGACUCUGAGGGCGAGCCCAAAGAGCCUGUGGAGACCUGCGGAAAGCUGAGCUUCUCGCUGCGUUACGACUAUGAGGAACAGGCACUGGUUGUGAGGAUCCUUAAGGCCUUGGACCUGCCCGCCAAGGACUUCACUGGCACUUCUGACCCAUACGUGAAGAUCUACUUGCUGCCGGAGAGGAAGAAGAAGUACCAGACGCGUGUCCACCGCAAGAACCUAAACCCCAUGUUUGACGAGACCUUCUGUUUCCCGGUAGUGUACGAUGAGAUCUGCAACCGCAAGCUGCACUUCAGCGUGUACGACUUUGACCGCUUCACCAGCCACGACAUGAUUGGCGAGGUGGUUGUGGACAACCUGUUUGAACUCUCUGACCUCUCCAGGGAGGCGGUGGUGUGGAAGGAUAUUCAUGCAGCGACUACAGAGAGCGUUGACCUCGGAGAGAUCAUGUACUCGCUGUGCUACCUCCCCACAGCAGGCAGAAUGACACUGACAGUCAUCAAAUGCAGGAACCUCAAAGCCAUGGACAUCACAGGCUCCUCAGAUCCAUAUGUGAAGGUUUACCUGAUAUGUGACGGACGGAGGUUGAAGAAACGAAAAACAACGACGAAGAAGAGCACACUUAAUCCGGUGUACAACGAGGCGAUCAUCUUCGACAUUCCCCCCGAGAACGUUGAACAAGUCAGUUUGUCCAUCAUGGUGAUGGAUUAUGAUCGGGUCGGACACAAUGAGGUGAUUGGUGUAUGUCGUGCUGGGCCAGAUGCUGAGGGCCUUGGACGAGAUCACUGGAACGAAAUGCUGGCUUAUCCACGGAAGCCCAUCACACACUGGCAUGCUCUGGGAGAGUGGCCUGGAAGAGGAGCAAGCUUUGAGAGUCAAGGUUCGUGUCCGUCACCCAAACCUCCGCUGACUCCCUGAUGAUCACGGGUAGAGUGAUGACAUCACCCCCCCCCCUCCCUCCUGUAAGAAAACAUACAUUUGUUUACAGUUGCUGCAAAGCUGUGUUGCCUAUAAGUCUCUUGUGAGCAUGUUAUAUGAAAAUGAAUCCAUUCCAAUAUGUUUCUCAUGUUUGUAAAAAAAAAAAAAAAAAAAAACAACAACAAAAAACAAAGUUGUGUUGAAAUUAUUUUUAUUCAUUCAAACUCCAGCUCUUUGAAGGUGGACACAGAGCUGGCUAUGCACAGCACAAACUCUUACUCAGCUCAGUUUCAUGCCUGUUUUGACAUUAUGUGCCCAAUAUUUAGAUCACACUGCAAUACAUCCUCAGCGAUUCCCUCCCACCUGGAACCAACCUGUUUUUAACCCCCGAGAUCACGUCUUGUUUUCAGAAUGGCACAAAGUAAAAAGGGCUAUGCUGCUCAGUGCCAUGAAAGCAUUGACUUUGAUAGAAAAACAGUCAUUUAAUCCAGUCUCGAUCCUGAAGAAUGCAGGUAAUUGAGCGUCUACAAGGGGCCGGGGUUAAUUUGCCAUAAAAUUCAUCAGUCGCAACUGUCACAGAUGUACGAACCCGGCCAUUAAGCAGUCACUGUUGCCUGUAGAUAUUAGAGCAGUCAACAGGGAGCGGAAUGUAGCAGAUACAUGUAGCAAACAUGUGAACAUUUGAAAUAACUACACGGUGAAUUUAUUCCCAAAACACAGGCAAGAAUGAAAAUAACCAGUUGAUAUUUAUUUUUGUAUGAAGAGUUUUGAGCUACUAAUUCAGAUACAAGUCAUGCUAACGAACUACUGCAUUUAAAAUGAGUUGUAAAAAGCUAAAACAGAUUAUUUUAAAAACUGGUCUAAAUAUGCACACAAUGCAGUAUUCAUACAAAAAGAGAGCCAUCUCCCAAACAGCAGCCAACCAAUGAGCCAAAACAUACAUUGGCUCACACAUUCAUUCAACUGUGUUUUUCUGCUCUAACGUGAGCUAAAACUGUUAGCAUACCUGGCUAACUAGCCACUCACAAAACCAGACUGCAUUUCCAGGGUCAUGAAUUUCAUAAAACACGUAUAAUUCACAAAAUGUGAGCCGGACCUGAAACCUGCCGUAGUAUAGUAGUACUUUAAUGUCCGGCACUUUUAGAUUUGGCUAAGUUUACAAUCAAGUGCUCAUGUUCUUGUGCAGUGUGAAAAGUGAAAACAUAUAUUUUAAAACAUUAUGAACAAAGACACAGGAAAAUGUGGUUGUCAUAAAGCGGCGCGAGUGUUAUCUUGCAUUGUUUUCUACGAGUGGUGAUGAAUGUGGUGCUUUAGCGUGCGCAAUAUCAUCAGUAAACAUAGUAUAGCAUAUAGUGCAUAGGUAACACCCCCAUUACAUUGUUUUAAUUUUUAAUUCAGACCAAAAUUAACCUGCCACUGACAACUAUGUCAACCAUUUUGUGGAUGUAGCGUUAACUUACUUAGCUAGUUAGCAAAUGGGGGAAAAUAAGAGGCUUUUGUCAAUGUGGCCGUGUCUGAAAUCACUCGCUACUCGCUAAAUUGUGAGUCCACCAUUUUGUAGAGCAGUCCCAAUAAUAUUAUUUGUAGUAUCAAAAAGCAUGUGACACUGAUAUAUGAUAACACAAUUAAUGACUAACAAGGUAGAUGUGUUUUGAUUGCUCUCAAUGAAAAACGGCAGAUGGCAGAGGCUAGAAAUAAAGCUAAAAAUUAAAAAUGAGAAUAAAUCUUAUCAAAGAGAGAAAUAAUAAAUAAAAAGUGUCAGAUUUUGACUGCAGCUUAUAACAGAAUAUUUUUUUUUUGGUGUACCGAAUUUGGGGAGAAUUCAGUUAAUUUAUGUGUCACAACAAUUACAUGAUGAUGAUUAGCCCAUUAUAGUGAAUAAGUGAGUGAUUAUUGAUGAACUGUGUUCAAACAGGGACCUGAACAUUAAAAAAGACACACUAGUAAUCCACAAAAAAUGGCAGAAAAACUUAAUUGUUCCGCUUAGUUUCCUCUUUUUUUCAAAUUCAGGGAAUUGUAUGAAUUGUAAAAGAAGCCACACACACAUACAGUUGUUAUCACAUUAUGUCGACUUUUUACAUGAAGCCAUAUGAAAUUAAGUUCAGUGCAUCUGAAGCAGGACACUGACUCAGCUUCUCCUUUGUGAGUAAUAAGAAUCCAACAUAGCAAAUAGAAAAAAAAAGGCUAUGUACUGUUAUCUUUCUUGCACACGCAGUGAUGCAGUUUCCCCUGUGCCGCCCUUAAUAUUAAAUAUUUUUACUCGUAGCAUGUUUGUCAUCACUUUAGCGACACACUUCUUGAGGGGAUGUGUGGUUUGAAUAUACAAUCAUUGUGUUUACAUUUGUAUAUAUACAGUACACUUGUCAAUGAAAUUGUUUAUAUAUAUAUAUAAAUAAUAUACUUAAAAGUGAAAUUUAACAAGUUGUCGUAAACUUGUGGGAAUUGAGACAUGACGAUGUAUUUCUAUCGUUUGGUGUUAAUUUAAAAACAGCUCAGACUUGUAGUCGAGUGGAAUUUAAACUCAUAUAAUAGUUGUGAACAAUUAAUCCGACUGGAAAGAAAAGCCAGUGAAGCCAACUCUUACCUUAUAGCGUUAUUCCAUGUUUCAGAGUUUAGAUCUUUGACUCGUAUAAUUGUUUGCAUAUUGACUGGAUCUAUAGAGCGAGAAACAACUGUCCUGAUGUGUACAGUUUGUGAUAACUUUUGUAAAGAUUUAAAGUAAACAUUUGGGAUAUAAUUUAUUGUAUUUGUUUCAUAUGUAUUUUAACAAAAUAAAUAAAACAUUUGAAAAGUCA